AUGUACAAUGAUGAGAAUGAGGUUGUGAUGAGAGAUUAUUGGGAGCUGAACAAUCAGGAGGAUGAUCAUAUAGGGAAUCAGGAUGAUGACACCACCAUCGCUGCUAGGGUUGCUGAAGUGCAGGAACCUUAUGCAAGCCUAGCCAAUGAAGCCUCACACAACGACCUUGAGGAUCCUAUACUUGCAGUCGAAAAAUUUCCAGAAGCAGGCAGGGUUUUGCGGAUCAAUGACACUACUCACCCUACAUAUACCCGGACCUGUUGUGACCUCCAUAUGGAGGAUAAUCCAUACCACCCUUUUAUCAGUGAAUGUGACUAUGAGAUAGCUCGGUGGGCCAUACAGCAAGGGCCGAGUCAAAAUGCCUUCUCAAAUUUUUUGUCCAUUGAUGGGAUAUCAGGCAUUAAUGAAGAGUUUGAAUUAUUCAUGCGAGAUCCUGUUGAAUGCAUCAAAGAACUGUGGGCUAAUCCUGCCUAUCUCAACCACCUCACCUAUGCACUGGAACACCACUUUGCAGAUGAAGGGAAAACUGAGCACAUUUAUGACGAACUGAUGAGUGGCAAUUGGUCUUGGAAGGUGCAGCUCAGACAAGACCCAGCUCUGCAAUUCCGGGGUGAUAAAACCACAUACCCUGUCUAUCUUACUAUUGGCAAUAUUUUGAAGUCUAUUUGCCGCAGGCCGUCCUUUUGCGCCCAGAAAAUUAUUGGAUACCUUCCUACCAUUUCAUUAGAUGGAAUGGAUAUCUCAGUAGAUAGUGCCCACCAUACUCAUGUGCAGCUCUUUUAUUAUACCAUGUGGAUGGUUACCAGCUCGCUUCAUGCUGAAGCUCUGACUAACAGGAUAGAGCUUAUAAGUGAGGAUGGGGCAGUGCACCUCAGAUUUCCUGUGCUCACUGCCUAUGUGGCAGAUUAUCCAGAGCAAGCCCUGGUGAUGUGCACGUGCUAUGCCCAAAUGUGUCCCAAGUGCUUUGUGACUGAGGAUGAACUAGGUGAUCAUAUCCCUGGAGACCCCCAACAUCAAAAAGAGUCAAUUCACACCAUUUGUCAUGCUAGUCAGCAAGUAACAAAAGCUCGUGCUGAAGCAGCUGCGAGAGACCAUGGCUUAAAUCUCAUUCUCGACCCUUUCUGGAUUGGGCUGCUGCACUGCAAUAUCCAUGACACCAUUACUCCAGAUAUCCUUCAUCAGAUAUACCAAGGCCUUGUCAAGCACAUUUAUUUCCUUGAAAUUGCUCAGUACCAAAGCCAUACUGAAGCAACACUUGUAUAUCUGUCAGAUGCAUUGGAUGAAUUUCACACCAACAAGGAUGUUUUCAUCAAUCUUGGUGCAUGCACCAGUGAAGACUUCAAUUUCGCAAAGCUGCAUUUGCUCAAGCACUAUACUGAUUCCAUUUGCUGCUUUGGUAUGACCAACAACUACAACACCGAAGCUACUGAGUGGCUUCAUAUAGACUACACAAAGAAUAUGCCCCUGCCGCCUGGCAUCUAUCUUGCAAAGAAUCCUUCUGCUCAUGCUGUGCCUUUUUACGUACUCGAAGAUCAGUUUGGGGCAACACAAUUCAAGGUUGCCAUCAUGAAGUUCAUAGUCCACCAGCUUCAGCCUUCUUCCCAACGUGGACAAGUCAGCCACAACUUGUAUGCCAAUAUCUUACAAGACUUGACAGCAGUUGACAUGUGGUAUCACAUCAAGUUUGUGGUUCCGAAUUUGCAAGUUGAUACUGAAUUUGUGGCUGUGCACACUGCGCACACAGAGCUGAAGAGACUCAAAAGUAGUGGCAUAGGAGAGUUAGACACACGAUUUGACACAAUUCUUAUCAAUGAAUCAGGGUGUGAGAGCAAGGCAACUGGCAUUGAUGAUGAAUAUGUCAUGAAGAUGUCUCUCCCAAGGCAGAUUGGACACCUUGCCUAUGUUGAAUGGUUUUCACAACCUUGA